AUGGACAAUUUAAUCACAUCCAAGACUGUGAAUGCAGAGGGGGGAUCAGGGGUUUCAGGGAAAGUUACAGAGACAGUGACCACAACAAGGUUAACAUCCCUUCCACCAAAGGGCAACAGCGGUUCAGCAAACACUCAGCGAGUGGUGACCUCUAGUUCUAGUUCUAGCUCCACAUCUGCUUCUGGAUCUUCUUCUGGAGGAGCAGUGCUGGUGGAGAAGAGGAUCAUCACCCAGAGCAGCGGAGGAGGAGGCAGCAGCAGCAGCAGCAGCACUAGUUAUGUCAUAUCCUCAUCUUCUUUAGCAGGUUCGAGUGGUAGUUCUGUCCGAGCCAUCAGUGGUGGAGCUGGCAGCAGCUCAUCUGGGUCCUCGACUGGUACGUCCCUAUCUGUUUCAGGUGGAGCUGCUGGAAGUUCUGGAGCCUCAGCCGGAGGUACUAGCAGCAUCUCGGUCGUCAAAGUUGGAGGGUCCUCAGGAGGAGGUUCCUCAGGCACCUUUGAGACCCGCUCCUCCUCUUCUUCUUCUCGGUCGGUGACCGGCUCUUCUGCGGAGCUGGCCGGCAUAUCCGGCAGCUCCCUGACCAUGUCCUCCUCAUCAGCCAUGUCAGCGGGAGGCAGCUCUCUGACAGUGACCAAGUUCAGCUCCUCCUCCUCAGGGGGUGCGAUGAAGAGCGGUUCCUCGUCCAUUACCUACUCACCAAUCCCAGCGGAGAGGAAGAGCAGCCUGACCAUGCGCUCCGCGGUAUACGAGGGAAGCUCCAGUGCCAAUUCUUCCCCUGAAUACACCAGGAAGGAGUACAUUUCAUCUUCAGCAGCUGCAAGUUCUGCCACCAGGGGGCGCAGCCAGACCAGAGAGAGUGAGAUCAGAGCCAGACUGCAGAGUGCCUCACCCUCCACCAGAUGGACUGAGCUGGAUGAUGUGAAGAAGCUGUUGAAAGGCAGUCGCUCUAGCAGCAGUAGUCCUCCUCGCUCGCCCACCAACACUCUACCCAUCCCAAAAAAGGCCAGCGUAGAAACACGUACCGAGAGCCACUCGGGUUACGACAGUACUAUUCUGGAUUCUGCGUACGGAUAUGGAUACCACACCAACCCCAACAACCUCAGCCCAAACGCCACCCUACAGCACAGUGUGGGUCUGCAGAAUAACCGGUCCCUGAGCUCCUCUGUCAUGAGUGGUGGUCUUUCUGCUGGAGGUGCAGUGUAUGGAAUGCAGAAUAACUUGGCCCUAACUGCAAAUGGAAUUGGUGCUGGUCCAGUGUACGGGGUGCAAAAGAACAUUGUGGCCCCUGGAAUAACAACCACAACUGUUGCUGCCCCCAGGAGUCCUGUCACCACAGAUGAUGUGUUUGUGAAAGACUACAAGUUCAUGCUGCUGGAGAAAGAGAACACUCAGGCAAAGAAGGAGAGCGAGAGGCUGAUAAUGUCUAAAGACACAGGCAAACACUUCACCUCAACCACCUCCACCAGCGGACCGACCUCAUUUUCAGAGGACUCGCUGAAGCGGGAGAAGAAGAUGGUCUCAAGUACUGUCGAAACAACCACAGUGGCGAACGGUGGUAAAGCUUCAACGAAGGACAAAGCCACAUACGCAGAGAUUCGUAAAGAGGAAUCUGGGGCGACUAAACUAGGAUUCUGUUCCUGCUGUACGUGGUGGAUGUGGCUGCUGGGAUUAUUGCUGUUGCUGCUGUUUCUUCUGGGCCUUCUCUUUGGACUCAUCGCUCUGGCUGCGGAAGUGAAGGCCCUGAAGGCUCGUGUAGAUGCUCUAGAAGGGGGAACGGAGAGCUCGGCGUCUUCUCGCACCAGCCGUUUAUCGUCUUCUGUCAACAUCGUGGAUCCUCUGGACUCCUCAUACACCUCAGUAACACGGUCAGAAAACAAUAUAAACCUGAGCUCCGAUCCGGCACAGCCUGACCCUGCAGUUCUGCACAGGACAAUAAAACAGCUCGUCCAGUCUGAACUACAGUCUGAGAGCGUUAGAGCUACACUUGCGACCUCACUGAGAGGAGAGAGAGGAGAGCCUGGAUCCAAAGGUGACCCAGGAGCUCCUGGGGUUAAAGGAGAUGCAGGAUUUCCUGGAGUGCCAGGUCCUCCUGGUCCACCUGGCCACUCAGGACAAGAAGGCCCAAGAGGACCUAAAGGAAGUGCUGGUGAGCCAGGACAUGAUGGUCCACCUGGACAGAGGGGCCGUGAGGGGCCAACAGGACCCAGAGGAGAGCCAGGCCCUCCAGGAGUCGGAGAGAAAGGAGACAAAGGAUCAGCAGGAGAUCCUGGAGCACCUGGACCUGCAGGACCACCCGGGCCUUUGGGACCCAGAGGUGAGGUGGGCGCUCCAGGUAGUGCAGGACUACCAGGGGCUCCUGGUCCUCAAGGCUUCCGUGGAGACGCUGGAGACCCUGGACCAAAGGGGGAGAAAGGACCUGCAGGGCCUCCUGGAGCUAAAGGUGAUCAAGGAGAAAAAGGACCUCGUGGUGCAACUGGAGAGCCAGGACAGCCAGGACCCGCAGGUGCAUCUGGAGAGAAAGGACCUAAAGGAUCAGCAGGUCCCCCUGGGCCAGAUGGUGAAAAAGGAACUCGAGGUGACCAAGGACCAGUUGGGCUGCCCGGUCCUCGUGGACCACCUGGAGCUCCAGGAGAUGCAGGAACACCAGGAUCUCCAGGGCUUCAAGGACCACCAGGUUUGCCAGGGACACCGGGUCAACCUGGAGCUAAAGGUGAGCCAGGUGAACCUGGAAGAGUUAUCUCUGCAGGCCCUGCCUCCAGCACUGUGGCCAUUCCUGGACCUCCUGGACCUGCUGGACCUCCAGGCCCUGCCGGAGCACCUGGACUGUCAGGUCCUAUUGGUCCUGCUGGUCUUCCUGGACCACCAGGGCCAAAGGGUGAUAGAGGUGACAGGGGAGAUGAUGGAGAGCCUGGCAUCUCUGUGAAAACUGUUGAAACAAUCAAGACUGAAAGGCCACCUGUUACUGGUCCUCCUGGUCCUCCUGGCCCACCUGGACCCCCUGGACCACCUGGAGAGCCAGGAAAGCCUGGUGAAGGGAAACAAGGCCCACCAGGACCACCUGGACAGCCAGGUGUUGGUCAGCCUGGUCCACCUGGUGAGAAAGGUGAACCUGGAAGCUUUGUGCCCAACUCAGAAACCUUCUUUGCAGGACCACCUGGACCCCCUGGACCUCCUGGACCUCAAGGAUUCCCAGGAGAGCCAGGGCAUCCUGGAUUACCAGGAGAACCUGGUCUUGGACCACCAGGACCUCUUGGACCACCAGGACCUCUUGGACCGCCAGGACCUGAAGGGCCACAGGGUGAUGCUGGUGUCCCAGGAGCCCCUGGCAUCCCAGGAUACUCUUAUGGUGGAGGCAGAAGCGCCCCUGGACCACCAGGUCCACCUGGGCCUCCAGGACCUCCAGGACCUUCUGGUGAUGGCUCCAGUGGGCCAGAUGUUUCUCAGCAGCUUUCUGACCUCCUCAGAAGUGAUGGUAUUAGAGAAUACCUGGCUGGUCCUCCUGGACCCCCUGGACCACCUGGAAGUGUCUCUGAUGCUGACUUGGCUGACCGAGUUAUCAGCUACCUCCAAAGGGAGGAGGUGAGACAAUAUCUUGUUGGGCCCCCAGGACCACCUGGAGCUCCAGGUAUACCUGGAGGUUAUGGGUUUAACACUCAGGAAGUGGCUGGAAGAGUCCUCAAUCUGAUGAAUGAGCAGGGUAUCCUUAGGCAAACUGGACCCCCAGGCCCACCUGGCCCACCAGGACUUCCUGGACCUUCUUAUGGCGAUCUCUCUCUUCUUCUACAAAACUCAGAGUAUAGAGGUCUCAUUGGACCGCCAGGGCCCCCAGGCCCUCCUGGCUCUCCUGGCUUCCCAGGACCUCCUGGACCCCCAGGGCCAGUCCCUUACACUGGUUCAUUUGGUCUGGAAGACAUUCAGAGAUAUAUGGAGAAUGCUGGUUUUAGAGGACCACCUGGACCUCCUGGACCCCCUGGGCCUCAGGGACCUCCUGGCAUUACAAGAGGGCUAGUCUCAUAUGCUGAAAACACACAGCAAGAACCUCUCCAUGCUGAACUGCAGGAGUACCUUAAGAGUGAGCCUUUUGACUACUCUAGUAUUGUAGCAGAAGUGGUGAACUACAUCAAAUCUCAUGGUUUGUUGCUGCGAGAUGUGGCUGAUAAGGGUGCUCAACGCUCCCAUCCUCCAAUAAGACCCUACAGCAACAUGACUGAAAUCAUAAACUUUAUUAGAGACCAUGGCUAUAUUGGACCACCAGGCCGACCUGGACCAAAGGGAGAGAUGGGAUAUCCUGGUCCCAAAGGGACGAGAGGUCCUAGAGGAGAGCAAGGCAUUCCUGGCCUACCAGGACUCCCUGGCAAUGAUGGACCUCAAGGACAAAAAGGAGAAAAAGGCGAUGCUGUUUAUAUGAGUCUUAGAAGAAAGAGAAGAAGCAAAAGUGUUCAGACUGAGAAAUGAAAUGGAUGAAGAGACGGAUUGAUGUUGUAUCUGGCAACACAAACUACUUUUACCUUUUUUAUGGACAACCUGAGGAAGGGAGUUCUCCAUAAAUGUAGUGGAUUUACCAAAAUAGAAAUCUAACCAAAAAUUAUUGCACAAACUCCUUAAUGUGAACAGUAAUAAUAAUCCAUUUCUGGUCUGUAUGUCUGAAGUGAUCAAAUUAUGUAAGAU